CAUAGUCGAUGUCUAGCUUUACUUUUAGUUUUAGUAAACUUAUAACAGUGAACUUAGUGUGAAGUAUUUGUUGUAAUUGUAGGGUUAGUUUAGUGAUACAAAUACUGUAUGAAAUAAAAGUAGGGUUAUAUUAAUAAUUUAGCUGUAGUACUACUUCUACCGUUCUAGUCUAUCAAGCAACAAUUUGUCCAGUUACUACUGGAUUAGGCUGAGAUUUUAUUUUAAUGUUGGAACAUUCGUCUACCGUAAAUUUAGACUCUUGCAUUCUGAUCUUAGCUUUGGAAAGCAUGUUAACACCAGACCAUAAGAAAAGACAGAGGAAUCUUCACAAAGAAAUUAACAAUUCUUUGUCAACUUGUUGGCAAACUGAAGAAUUUGAAGUGAAAGAAGAAUGCACACCUUGUACUGAAUUUGAAAAAGUCAGUGGAAAUAUACCAGCCUGUGCUCAGUCAGGCUUCAAAGAACUUAUAUCAUGCAAAACAAGUGGGAACUAUUAUAGAAGCUGUGAAAGAGUACCCUGGAUUGAAGAAAGAAAUUUUUGGAUAUUUGAAGGGAUGAUGCUUGCUGUAGGUUUUGUUAGUGCUGCCAUGGUUGUACUGCGUCAGAAACAUUUGGACAGAAAAAUGAUUGAAAGGAUUCAAAAACAGGUUUCUGCAGGUGUUUGAUAUAUUCUUAUAAGUUUUAUUUUCUGUUUUUGUAUAUUACAAGCACAUGGACUUGAGAGUGACAGGGAUUUUGUAAAGAACUAAUCCUCAAAUGGAGUUGAAAGGUUUUGUUAAUAUUGGUUUAUUUAUUGGACUGUUAUGGUCAGCAGUUACAUCUUGUUUGUAUUCAGAGCAAGUCCAAGGACUGCACACUGUGUUAUUUUUCAUAAUGUAUCACAAACUUUUGUUAGCCAAUAAUGUAAAAAUUCAAUAAAUAGAUUGUUUAUAAUGUUUCAUUCAAUUUCAAUAUAAUCAUAAUAAGAUUUAUCGGUUGUGAGCUGUUUGUAAGAUGUGAGAAAAAGAAACUAUACUACUGUUUAGAAAUUUAAGAAUGCAAUGAAAAAAAUAUCUCAGUUAUCAUUGUGUUAGAGGAUCUAUUAUAUUCACACAUGAGAAACAUACAUGUGCAAGAGGGAUGACCGUAAGGUUAUCUUGUAUAUUUAUAACGUAUCAAAUAAACUACUAUUCAUAUUGUAACAUUUUAACAGAAUUUAGUAUUCCAUAAAAUCAAAGAAUAUUUUUAUCAGAAAUUAGUUUAACUAAUAAACACAACUGAUAAAUGUACCAUAAAAUAUUGCUCUAACUUUUUUGAUGGCUAAUGAGCUUACAGCCACGAUGUGAAAUGUACUUUUGGAAUAAAGUGAUUUUGUCAUUUUAGUUUAACUGAA